CCGGGCGGAGGAAGUGACGUCAGGCCCGGCGAGCGGGGCUGAUGCAACCGGGGGCAGCCGCCGCCAUGGAGCCCGCGCCCGACCCGCAGGAGAAAUAUCACCUGAUCACCCGGAACCUGCAGGAGGUGCUGGGAGAGGACAAGCUCAUGGCCAUCCUGAAGGAGCGCGAGCUGAAGAUCUACUGGGGCACUGCCACCACGGGCAAGCCACACGUGGCCUACUUCGUGCCCAUGUCCAAGAUCGCGGAUUUCCUGAAGGCCGGGUGUGAGGUGACAAUCCUCUUUGCUGACCUCCAUGCUUACCUAGACAACAUGAAGGCCCCCUGGGAGCUGCUGGAGCUGCGCACCCGCUACUAUGAGAACGUGAUCAAAGCCAUGCUGGAGAGCAUUGGGGUGCCCCUGGAGAAGCUGAAGUUUGUCCGGGGCACUGACUAUCAGCUCAGCAGGGAGUACACCCUGGACGUGUACCGCCUGUCCUCCGUGGUGACCCAGCACGACGCCAAGAAGGCGGGAGCGGAGGUGGUGAAGCAGGUGGAGCAUCCCUUGCUGAGUGGGCUGCUCUACCCAGGCCUGCAGGCUCUGGAUGAGGAGUACCUGAACGUGGAUGCACAGUUUGGAGGAGUUGAUCAGAGGAAGAUAUUCACCUUUGCAGAGAAGUACCUUCCUUCCCUGGGCUAUGCCAAGCGUGUCCAUUUGAUGAACCCCAUGGUUCCUGGUCUGACAGGCAGCAAAAUGAGCUCGUCAGAAGAGGACUCAAAGAUUGACCUUCUGGACCGUAAGGAGGAUGUGAAGAAGAAGCUGAAGAAGGCUUUCUGUGAGCCAGGGAACGUGGAGAACAACGGGGUCCUCUCCUUCAUCAAGCACGUCCUCUUUCCCCUCAAGUCAGAGUUUGUGGUUCUGCGAGAAGAAAAGUGGGGAGGAAACAAAACCUACACAGCCUAUGAGGCCCUGGAGAAGGACUUUGCUGAGCAGGUCGUGCAUCCUGGGGACCUGAAGAACUCAGUGGAAGUGGCCCUGAACAAACUGCUUGACCCCAUCAGAGACAAGUUCAACAGCCCAGAACUGAGGAAGUUGACCAACGCAGCGUAUCCCAGCCCAGCCAAAGCCAAGCCUGCAGAGAAGAGCACCAAGAACUCAGAACCGGAGAACUUGGAUCCAUCCCGGUUGGACAUCCGCGUUGGCAAAGUGAUCAGUGUGGAAAAGCACCCGGACGCUGACAGCCUGUAUGUGGAGAAGAUUGACGUGGGGGAGCCCGAGCUCCGCACCGUGGUCAGUGGCCUGGUGCAGUUUGUCCCCAGGGAGCAGCUGCAGGACAGGCUGGUGGUGCUGCUGUGCAACCUCAAGCCCCAGAAGAUGAGGGGUGUGGAGUCGCAGGGCAUGGUGCUCUGUGCCUCCAGCCUGGGGGAGCCGCGGCAGGUGGAGCCCCUGGACCCCCCAGCCGGGUGCUGCGCCGGGGAGCGCGUCUACGUGGAGGGCUACGAGGGGGGGCAGCCCGACGAGGAGCUCAAGCCGAAGAAGAAGGUGUUUGAGAAGCUGCAGGCUGACUUCCAUGUCUCCGAGGACUGUGUUGCCCAGUGGAAGCAGAAGAACUUCCUGACCAAGCUGGGGACAAUCUCUUGUAGAAGCCUGAAGGGAGGAACCAUCAGCUAACCAGAGCCAGAGCCACGGCUCGUGCCUCCUGCCUGGUCCCCUCCACUGCCUCAGCCAGGCUCUCCUCUUCGGUCUCUGCCGUCUCCUCCUCAGUGCCCCAAGCCAGGGGCUCAGCCCUGGGGGCUCCAGGACUGAAUUUACAGCCUCCCACUUGGAAGGCUGCCUCUGACCCACCCUGGGCCUGCUCCACCAGCCCCUGUGCCUCGGCUUUGGGCCAACUCUGGGUCCUGGCAGUGCCACCACACCUGAGGGACCUGUGUGACUUGUGCCUGUGGCUCCACGCUGGGGCCAUUGGCUCCCUCCCAGUUGUGCCAUGGACUGGACGCUCUGGUCCCAAUUGGGAUGGCAUGUGAGGGCAGAAGGGGAAGGCUGCUUGCUCAAACCUGUGUUGCUGCUAAGAGAGCUGGGGGCAGCUGCCUGGCAGCUGGGCAGGCCCCGUCCCCUGCUCUGCCCAGGCACCCCCUGCUCAGGGCUGGGACAGCUGCUGGUGCUGCUCGGGGAGCCCAGGAACCACCAGCGGGUCCAUCCUGAGCUCGUGGGAGGUGCUGGGGAACUCGGGAACCAUCUCUCUGUCAUAAACUCCAAUAAAAUGUCAAGCUGA